UACGACGAUGCGACGCGAAUCGAUGAACGACGAGAGCCGGAGCGGAGUGAGACAGUAAUUUUUCGCUCAUCGUUUUUCUCUUUUAUUCUCUUUUUUUCCGUUCGACGAUUUACGGACUAUGUGAGUGCCUCCUGUCAAUGAUCACCUUUGUUCGGUGGUGUCAAGGAAUUAUAGGAAUCCUCGUGGACCAUGGCCACUGUCACGAAGAAGGGACAUGCUGGCAACGUCACGUUACGCCUUCUCGUUAUUGUCUUCUCGUUGUUCCUGAACGACCUGACAGCCGUCCAAGCGCGCGGAUUUAGACAUAGUCUUAAGCAAACUCAGAGAAGUACGUACAGUCUGAAUAAGAACUUAAAAAAUAGCGGUCUCUUUCCGUCCACAUUCAAUGUCGCCGCGAAAGCGGAUAUUUACGUUAAUGCGACCUGCGGUGAGGAGGGCCCAGAGACUUUCUGUAAGCCCUCGGAAUCGUCGAGAUGCGCCGUCUGCGACUCCAGGAGUCCAGAUCCUGGCAAGAGGCACAAUACCAGCAACAUCCUCGACUCGAAUCCCGGAAAAUGGUGGCAAAGUCCUACAUUAGCGAGAGGCGAUCAUUACGAAUACGUGACAAUCCUCUUGGAUCUCAAACAGGUCUACCAAGUGGAAUACGUGAUAGUGAAGUCCGCGAACUCGCCGAGACCCGCGGCCUGGAUUCUGGAGAGAUCUCUGGAUGGCGAGAACUUCCAGCCAUGGCAGUAUUACGCGCCGAGCGAUGGGGAAUGCUGGACGAGAUAUUCGGCACCGCCUGUCGCGGGCAAACCCGUUUACGUCACCGACGACGAGGUCAUAUGCACCAGCCAGUACUCCAGACAAACCCCCAUGGAGAACGGCGAGAUCCACACGCACUUGGUGAACGGUCGACCCGGGGCUCUGAAUCACAGUGCGACUCUGCAGGAAUUCACUCAGGCCAGAUUUGUGCGGCUUCGUCUUCAGGGUCUCCGACGUAACGGCGAGGCUGACAAGAGACGUGCAUUUUAUUCAAUAAAGGAAAUCAAUAUCGGAGGACGUUGCCUGUGCUCCGGACAUGCGGCUCGAUGUCGGUACAGCGUUCAACACGGGCAUCAGGAAUGCGAAUGCGAGCGCCACACGUGCGGUGAAAGAUGCGAAAAAUGCUGCCCCAUGUACAAUCAGAUCCCGUGGAAGCCCGGCACAGCUGGUAAGGGCUUUCACUGCGAGAAGUGCAACUGCAAUGGCCAUGCAACGUCCUGCAGAUAUGACCAGGAAGUGGCCGAGAGGAGAAUGUCCAUGGAUAUCCGUGGGAAAUACCGAGGCGGUGGCGUGUGUGUCAAUUGCUCGGAACAUACGACCGGUAUAAACUGUGAGAAAUGUGAGGUUGGCUACUACAGGCCGAAUGGCGUUGCACCUGAUGCAUCGGAACCCUGCUUACCCUGCGACUGUAACAUACGUGGCAGUACAGGCUACUGCACUCCUGAUGAUUCUUACACGCGUAUGGGAAAGGUAGCAGGUGCGUGCGAGUGCAAGCCGGGAUAUUCGGGAUAUAAAUGCGAUCAAUGCGCUGCUGGUUAUCGGCAAUUUCCCGAUUGCAUGCCGUGCCCCUGCGAUUCCCGCGGGAUCCUGCCGUCCCAUGAUUGCGAGGGCGACUGUUUGUGCAAGGCGAAUGUUGCGGGGGAUUUCUGCGAUCGUUGCAAACCCGGAUACUUCGCGCUCACCAAGGAUGAUCUCGAUGGCUGCAUGUCUUGCUAUUGUUUUGGCGUAGUAGAUCGCUGUACUACUGCAAGAUUGCAAUACAGCAUGAUUUCUACACUGGAGAACUGGUUGGUGACUGACAUGAACGCUUCUCGGGCAGUCGUUCCCACCUUGGACACGGACAACGAAUGGCUAACCGUGGCAGCGUUCGACGUCGAGUAUGACAGUCCUUUCUGGCUGGCGCCACAGAUUUACACGGGGAAUCGCGUAUCCUCGUACGGCAGCAAUCUUACGUACUCCGUUACGUGGGUUGUCAUGCGAGGCGACACCAGUGGUAAACCGACCACGGAGCCCAACGUUAUCCUAGUUGGUAACAAUGGGAUGCGCAUAGCGUACGGCGAGGAACAGUACAAUGGUCAAGAAGCUGAAAUAGCGGUGCCUUUACGAGAGCAAGGCUGGUUUCACGUGCGAAGCGACGUUCAGGACAUCCCGACCAGAUUGAGGAGAACCGAGUUUCGCGGGGAUCCUGUGACGAGGGCGCAGAUGAUGCGCGUUCUCGCCGAUCUCAAGUACCUGAUGAUAAGGGCGCGAUAUCAUUCGGAGCAAAUCGAAGGAAGUCUCCAGUCUGCUAUAUUAACGGUAGGCGAAUUAUCAUCGGAUGGCGAAACCGACAAUCUGGUCGAAAUAUGCGAAUGUUCCGAGGAAUACACAGGAAUGUCCUGCGAGAAUUGUGCCUGGGGAUAUGUAAAGAUGCCCAUCAAUGGUUCUGAUCAUCAGGACCGUCACAAAUGCGUGAAAUGUGAUUGCAACAGUCAUGCGGGCUCCUGCGAUCUCAUAAUGGGCGAAUGUGGGACGUGUGAACAUCAUACGGUAGGUCCAAAAUGUGAUCGUUGCGCUACAGGAUAUUACGGUAUCGCAACGAGAGGCACCAGCGAGGACUGUAAGAAAUGCGCAUGUCCACUUUCCGUUGACUCCAACAAUUUCAGUCCGAGUUGUCAGCUUGACGAUCCCAUUGAUAUGAAUAGCGGAUACGUGUGCACGCAAUGUCCUGAAGGAUAUACCGGAGAUCAUUGCGAAAGUUGUGAUGUAGGAUUCUACGGUAAUCCUGUGGUACCUGGCGGUACUUGUGAACGGUGUCCUUGCAACGGUGGUGCCUGUGACCAGGAAACGGGUCGAUGUUUGGAAUGCCGCGGUAAUACUGAGGGCUGGAAGUGCGAGAAAUGCAAAGAAGCGCAUUAUGGAAAUCCUCUGGAACAGAAUUGCAUGCCGUGCGACUGCUCUCCCUUCGGUAGCAAUUCAGUCCAUUGCGAACAGACGACCGGUCAGUGUCCUUGCAGGCCUUUGUUCACCGGUCGUGACUGUUCCUCCUGCAUCGAGGGCUACGGGAACGUGACCGCAGGUUGCCGGGAAUGCGACUGCGACGUGGGUGCCAUCGACGGGUUCUGCGAGUCCGUAAGCGGUGUGUGCAGGUGCGCGCCGAGCGUCGUCGGCUUCCGGUGCGAUCGUUGCGACGUGGACCACUACGGCUUGUCGGCGGAUGGCUGCAAAGGAUGUGGCUGCAACAAUUUGGGCUCCACGAGUUCUGCCUGCGACAUCGUAUCCGGACAGUGUCAAUGCAAACCGCAAGUUAUUGGCAGACAGUGCAACGAAUGUAAGACCGGUUAUUGGGGAUUGACAUCAGGAACAGGCUGCACGCCUUGCGGAUGCGAUUCUAUGGGAUCCAAUAACACAUCCUGCAGCAACGACACAGGAGAAUGCUAUUGCAAGCCGGGUGUGGGUGGCUCACGCUGCGACAGUUGUUUAUCCGGAUACUAUGGAUUUUCUUUAAACGGCUGUCAAUUGUGCGAUUCAUGCGUUCGACCCGGUCACGUGUGUGACCCUGAUACCGGUCGCUGCGUGUGUCCCCGCUUGACCUACGGUGAGCACUGCGACCGAUGUAGACCAGGUGCGUGGGACUUAGUGCCGCGCGUUGGCUGCAGGCCAUGCGCCUGUACUCUGGGCGCCACAGGGUCCCAGUGUGACCAUCAGGGUCAGUGCCCCUGCAGAAUCGGCUAUGACGGGCUCAGGUGCGAGAGAUGUGCCAAGGGUUACUACGGCUAUCCGAGGUGCCGUCCUUGCGGCUGCAAUUUAGCCGGUACGACGCAUUGCCACGACGGUGUCUGUGAAUGCGAUGACAAGGGACAGUGCCCGUGCAAGGAACUGGCCGUUGGACGACAGUGCAAUCAGUGCAAGGAAGGUACGUUCGGUCUUGCGACGGACAAUAUCAAGGGAUGCACCGAGUGUUUCUGCUUCGGAAGGAGCACCUUGUGUCAGCAGGCCGGACUCAGUUGGGGUCAACGCAGAUUGACUCGGCCUCGUGUUCUUUAUAUCAAUGACACAGUCAGCGAUGUAAUAAUAACGAAUUUUGGCUCCACAACUAUAUUACCAGCGGUGAACGGUGGGUUGAACGUGACAAAUGGUCUCUCCGUAAUCCCUGGAUCUGAUGGUGAUGUCACGUUGCCCACAACUCUUUAUUAUAAUUAUCCUUUAUAUUGGAGACUGCCAGAUUCUUUUCUAGGCGAUAAGGUUGUCUCUUACGGAGGAUUCUUGCGCUUUAAAACCUCGACGGAAGGUGGAAUACCUCUAAGAUCGAAUCUCCGAUAUCCCGUGGUGCAGUUACAAGGCAACAAUAAAAUUGUCUUGGAAUAUUAUCUUCAUCUGCCAGUAAACGAUAAUCGUUAUGAAGUCAGAUUUCACGAGUCAUUGUGGCAGCUACAAAACAGGCCGGAUUACAAAGUCUCCAGGGAGGUUCUAAUGGUCGCGUUGCAAAAUCUGCAGUACAUCCUCGUAAAAGCUUCGGACAAUGCUGAAUUUACAAGAACCACAUUGCUGGAAGCUUCUCUCGACGCCGCCGUCCUGAUGCCUACACACUCGCCACCACUGGCGACCGGAGUGGAGAUCUGCCAGUGCCCGCCGGAAUACAACGGUACGUCUUGCCAAGAUCCUAGCAUCGGCUUUUACAGGUGGUAUAAGAACACCACCGCCACGUCUACCAUCGUGAUCGAUCUUGUCGGACAAGCCAGACGCUGCCAGUGCAAUGGGAGAUCCGAGGUGUGCGACAGGGAGACGGGAUAUUGCUUGAACUGUAAAGAAAACACAUUUGGUGCACAUUGCAACGUUUGCGCUGAUAGUUUCUACGGUUAUCCAGAAAUAGGCUGCAAGCCAUGUCCAUGUCCGCAAGUCGAUAAGAGAUUUUCAAGUACCUGCGUGGUUCGUGCGAACAAUGAACCUAUUUGUCACUGCAAGCCAGGUUAUGUCGGUAGAAAAUGUGAACGUUGUGCCUAUGGCUAUUACGGUUUUCCCGACCUUCCGGACGGCAAGUGCGUUCCGUGCAAUUGCAACUUGGCAGGAAGUUUAAGCGACGGCUGCGACGGCGAGACAGGACAGUGCAAAUGCAAGAUCGGUUCUACAGGCAGAGAUUGCUCCCAAUGCACGGCAUAUCGACACGUUUACAUAAACAAUGUUUGCACUUCAUGCAAUGACAAUUGCACGGGAAUUCUGCUCGAUACUGUCGCGAUGUUGUCUGAGGAACUGGCCGGUGGAACGAGUCACAUAGCAGACGGAUAUAUUCCACCCCCGUGGGAGGAACUAUCGUAUAUUGAUUCCAACACGACUACAUAUCUUGAGGAAUUGGAGCUGCGAACUCGUCUACAGCAAAGAAUGAGAAACAUACCGUGGCAUGAAUACAAAAAACUUGCAGAAGAUGUUGAAACUAUGUUAAGAAAUAUGAACAAGAAUGCGAAACAUGCCGAUACUUUGAAGACUAAAAGCGGCGAUUUAAAAAAUAAUGUUUUUACAGCGAAAAUUAUGCUCGAUAAUUUAAGAAGAGAUAUAGAAGAUACAACUUCGGAACUCAAUCAAUACAGUAACGAUAAUAGAAGAAUAGAAAUAAAAAAAGCCUUAAAAACUGCUAAGGCAAUCUUGAAUUAUCUAAAAUCCGUCGAUAUAAUCAAGAAAACUACAGAAGUGGAAAACUUCCUCGACGGUGUUACCAAAUAUGUAGCGUGGCUAAACUCUCUUCAUGACGCGACUGAGCCUUUGGCGGUCGCUCAAAAUGACGCUAAAAAUUACGAGAUGAAAUUGAACGAUAUGCGAACGAUCAUAGAAAACACCAUGGAAACACUAUUCAGCUACGACAGUUUGUACAACCAUAUCAACGGGACAUUUAUCGAGGCCAAAGAUCAAUGCGCUCGUAUAAGGAUAUUACACGACGAAACGAAUGAAACGGUCACCGAAGGGAAGAAACUCGUCAAUGAAGCUCGCCAUCUACUUGUCGACGCAGAAAAUAAUAUUCAAAAUCUCUCAGAUUCACGCGAUAAAUUAACAUACUGGACGGAGAAGCUGAGCAUGAAGGAGGAACUUUUGUAUCGGUUAAAUUACGAGUACGACGAGAAGUAUGUGGUGCCAGCAGUGCAACAUGCGAAGAAUUUAUCCAGCUACGUCGAUCAGUAUGUCAGUUUGUUCGCCAAGACACGAGAUAUUGCGGCUAGUCCCCUGAAGGCAAGUCAGGCCUACAAGAACAUCUUCGACGGUUUGCAAGCGGCGAAAGUCACUGCGCUGGCAGCCAAGGAAAUCGCCGAAGAUGUGCACAAAAAGGCUUUCCCUCCUUCGGGACAGAAAUCGUUACUGGAUGAUGCCAAGGAAGUAUUAACUAAGUCUUCGCAACAGUGGGAAGUGGCGAAAGAACAUGGUAAACUAGUAAAAAAUGCAAACGCCAAGUUGAAUGCUCAGAAGCAAGCCGUGCUGGUAUUAAAGGAUUCGUUAAACAACACUGGAAUAAAGGACAACGAGAUAAAUGUGAAAUUGCGAGAAUUGCAAAGUAAUAGUAAAAAAUUACAUGAAGAUCUACUAAAUAUCUUGGAGGACAACAAUGAAGUAGCAGAAUCGGUAAUGGAUACGCAACGAUUGAUCGACGAUUACAAACAAGGCAUCGCCGACAGACUGAAGCCGAAAUUGCACGAAUUGAAGCGCGAAGGCGAUUCGAAGAUAAGCCUUGCCAGCGAAAAAUUGACGGAAGCGCUGAGUAAUAUUAAGAAGGCCGAUGCGAAGCUAAUAAGUCUAUCAAACGUUGCAAUGAAACGAAAAGCUGUUUUCGAUAAAUGGAAUGACACAUUAGCCACGAAAUUACAGAAUCUCAAAGACAAAAUUGCAGAAGCCCGAAAUACUGCCGAAGGGAUCCGCGUCUCUCUACGAUCGGUGGAAGGUAAAGAAUGCAUUCGUUCAUACAGACCAACGACGUUGCAAUCCUCGUCAACGACGUCGAUUAUGAUAACAUUCGCGCUUCCAACUGCACGCAAAGAAGGUUCCCUGUUUUACUUGCCUAGUGGAAUUAAUGAUGAUUUUAUCGCCGUAGAGAUAUUUGAUAAAAAGGUACGAUUCUUAUGGAAUGUCGGCGGUGGUACAGGUAUACUAACACAUCCUGAAGUUCUUGAAAGUGGCGAUCUGCAGAAUGACAGGUCUUGGUAUCGGAUUGAGGCUGAAAGAACGCGACACACAGGCAAGCUGAACGUGCACAAGCAGUUUUCGACGUCCGGAAAGUAUCUUCCCGUCAUAAAUACAACUAACUCCGAAUAUGGUCGUUUCGACGUCUUGCCUACAGACCGAGUGUGGAUAGGAGGUAUCCCUAAAUCGCAGAGAAGACCAAUGGAGCUGAUCGCUGGUAAUGGUCUUCCGGGUUGUAUUCAUCAAGUAAUCCUUGAUGGAAAGCAUAUCGGUCUCUGGAAUUUCAUCACAACAGCACCAGACAUGGCUUGCAAAGCUUGUGUAGAAGGAGUGGAGGAUGCCAAAGAUGAUAUAGCUUACAAUUUCAAUGGAGAGGGCUAUGCCGUGAGAAACAGAGUCUCAUCUGGUCCAUAUAAUAAAUAUAUGUUUGGAGUCUCGAUUAGUUUUCGAACAUACGACGAGAAUGCAUUGCUAUUUCUAGCCAUUAACAAAGAUAAUCAGCACAUCAUGAUUUCCCUGCGAGAAGGCCGAGUGAUCCUCCAUGUCGGCUACGGCGGGGAUGUGAGCAUGGAGAUGUCCUCGACUUACAAGUACAAUACCGGCAAUUGGACAAAGGUGGACGCAUUCCGUCAGUAUCAAUUACGCAAGAACAUCGAAAAAUGCAGCCUUAGUAUCGGUGGUGACAACGACAAACGAAUUGGUGCGCCCACACCACAGCCUACGAAGGAAGAUAUCCCAGAUUUGGCGCAGGCCAAGUACUACAUCGGCGGGCUGCCACCAAGCUUCCGCGCAGAAAAACUAAUGUUACCCUCGCAAGUGUCCUUCCUCGGAUGCAUGGCCAAUAUCGUAGUGCAAGAGGGUUACGAUCCAAUGGCCGAACAAUAUUACGGAGUGGAAUCCAGUUGCGGUGAUAAACCAUUGAAGAUAGUCGGAUUUUAUGGAGAUGGAUAUCUCGAGCAUUCAGCGUUUACUCUGCGCAAGAUUCAAUCUGUCCUAAGUUUCUCCUUCAGAAGCAUGCAGAAUGUAGCUAUGCUUCUUCUCUCCACGUUUGAGGGCCACGAAGACAGAUUGGGUGGUACUCUCAAAGAAGCUAAGGACAGCUAUUACUCCGUGUGUAUUCUCAAUGGACAAGUGCAAGUUCGUUUAAAUGCUGGUCAUGGCGAGCUGGUUCUCCAAUCGAAUAAUACUUUUAACGACGGAAAAUAUCACUCGGUCACUGUCAUUAAGAAAAGAAAGGAAGUGGAGCUGAGAAUCGAUGACGCGUAUCAAACAUCAGGAAAAUUACGCAAUAGUAUUGCGAUCAAGGCUCCCAGUUCGAACGGCGGACUUUUCUUUGGCGGAUUACCGGCGCUCAUUAAUAAUACUAAAAUGGUCGCAACUAAUACGCCACUGUAUGGCGCUAUCAAGGAUGUGAUUUUCAAUGAUAUAAAUCUUCGAUUUGACGAUGCAGUUAAUUUUGAUCACGCUCUAAUCGGUCGUUCCGGACCAAGUAUGGGAAAAGAAAUGCCAAAUUAUGUACCAUCGGCGUCAUUGUCUCGAGGGAUGUCCACACAACCCGAAGGAUGCCAAAAAGUACCUUAUUAUUCGCUAGAACCGGGUGCUUUGAAAUUUGGCGAUAAACCACACAGUCAUACGCAGCUCUAUCUCAACUUCAAGAAAUUCUGGGAGAAAAAAUAUGUGAUAGAAUUCGAUUUUAGGACGUAUUAUCCCAAUGGAUUGCUGUUUAUCACUCCGGGUCUUCGAUUGAAACACUAUUUAAUGGUACUCAUCCGGGAUGGGCAGCUUCUUUUGGUAGUGAGAAGCAAACAAAGAAAGGAAAUACUAUUCAAGACACCGUUUAAUGAUGGCAAUUGGCAUCACGUCGUUAUCAGCCAUGAAGAAAGGAAGCUCACCCUAUUAGUCGAUACUCAGACACCGCGCAUCGUCAAAGUACCGAGAAGAAUUGGUCUCGCAUCCAUGAUGUAUAUCGGUGGUCUUCCGGAAAGCGGAACGCCUAUCCCGGAACAAGUGGUUGUCAGACUGGAGACAUUGAAGGGAUGUAUCAGAGGCCUGAAGAUCAAUGGAAAUGUUUACGACAUGGUGGGUUCCACUAGUAGAGCCUUCAAUGUCGGUCAGUGCUUCCCAAGUGUCGAGAGCGGAGCGUAUUUCCAGGGCGAAGCUUAUGCUAUUUAUCGAAACAACUUUGAGGUUGAUGGCGUGCUUGAACUUCAAUUAGAAUUCAGGACAUCGGAAGUGUCUGGCGUGUUGCUGUCGAUUACCGCACCCAGUGGUUCACCUUCUCUGUCAUUAGAACUCAAUAGCGGGAAGGUGAUCAUGUCGGGCGAUCUGGGCGACAACAAUCCGUUAUAUGUGGAACAGGGCUUCUCUAAUCAUUACGCGAUCUGCGACAAUCGAUGGCACAGGAUCCAGGCUGUAUAUAACGAUGAGGAGCUGGCGCUCAAGGUGGACGAGCUGGAUCAAAAAUACGGCUUACCCACGAAUGUUAAUUAUCAUUUAAAUACCUCUAUCUUCUCCGGCCCGUUGUAUAUAGGCGGUAUACCAGCGACUGCUCAGAAAGGCUCGCUGUUAACGCGAGACCACUUCAAUGGAUGCAUCAGGAAUGUGAUGAUAAGAGGGGAAAGGCGAGACUGGACGGACAUGGCCGAGCUGCACAACAUCCAUCUGAGCUCCUGCCCGGUUCAAUGAUAGCGGAGCGUGAAGAGGAAAGACAAUUACCUCGGCGUUCAGCGCUUUUAGUUCCAAAGACUGUUCGAAGAGUCGCGUUGAGUUCAACAAUCGCAUCGAGAUUAACGUGCCAUAUAUUCGCAGGCGACGAGUUUUUUAAGACUUAACAAAGCCAAAAGAUGCUAAACCGUAGACCGUUAAGCUAAUCGUCGUAGCAUGAAAAUAGAAAAAGGAAAAGGGAAAAAGAGAGAAAGAGACCGUACGCUUCAGUCUCGCCGUGACAAACAAACGAUGGCAUGAAUAAUUUCGUCGUACGUACGCAGGUAUGCGUAACGCGUGCAGACGGUGACAUUUUACGCGUAAAUAGCGAGACCACUGCCAUAUAGUUUAAUUAUUCAUCGUAAGCCGCAAACAAUUUGUACAUCAGUAUUUAAAAGCCAUUAUUUAUUAUCGUUAACGUAAAUCCGAUCACGAGAAUUCGUGAUCGCUGCGUCGACGAGUUAGGGAAUAGAAAAUAACGCGAUUACGUUUUGUACUUUUAUAGUUAGACAUCUACUAGAGCCCGAUAUAUUAUGUACAUUGUAGAUUUUUUAUUCGAAAGAUUUAUCGAGAAACAUGCAAGUGCCCUGUAAAAAAGAAGUGUCCUUUAAUCACGCACACAGAGAGAUGAUAUUCGAAGAAUAUUUAUAUAUCUAAUCUUCUCUCUCAUACAUAACACACGCACACGACUUUUGUUAAACUGUAAUAUAUUACAUAUACACAAGGAAAAUUAACAAAUUACGAAAAUCCGCUGUUGUGUAUAAAAUAUAUAUAAUAUAACAAGAAAAAAAACGCAUAGGGUUAUGUCGCUUUGAUUUAUCCUCUUUAACGCUCUUAAGAUCUCUACAAAAUACUUCAAAAACGCAGCUUUAUGAAAUUUCACAAUGCAAUUUUCCUCCAAAAUGAAGGACAAAUAUUGAACACAAAGAAUUGAAGAGUUCUAGAGAAUUAAGAAAAUCUUACUUUUAUUUACGAAUAGAAUCUUCAUUUCGAGAUGUUUUGUAUUAAAAAUUAAAGAAAUUCUCGUCAAGAGAAAAAGCCAGAUCUUUUAAAGAAUGUGCCAUUAAGGUACGAUCAAUGAUGGAUUACUUUUGAUAUCCAUCCGCGGAAGAAUAAAAGUCUAUUACAAAUGGGUUAUUAAAUUUUAUUAAUGACAUUCGCUGCGAAGAUGCUAACAGUAAAUUAUGACCCAAAUCUUACAUGACGUACUGAAUAAAUAUACAUAUCGUCGAGUAGGUAGGUAUAAGUUUUUUUCGUUUUAUGUGUAUAUAAAAACAUAAUAUUUACAGAGACACGGAUAGAAGUUCGAGAACUGAUAUUCGCCUUGACGUCGAAAUUUCAGCGACAAUAAAAAUCGAUAAUUAUUACGUAACAAUAAUCGUUUAUUAUUAUUAGUAAGCGCGAUUUAACUGCGGCGUACAAAUUUACGUCGUGCCGCAGUACUUUAAUUGUGUAUGUGUGUGUAUGUGUGUAUGCCUCGAGUUCCCGUCUCUCUUUCUUUCCGUCUCGGUCCAUUCCGUUUUGUCCACAUUUAAUUGUCGCAUCCAAGUCUUCUUUUUUUUUUCACCAGCUCACUAAUAAUAUCUAUUCUUCAAAAAAUAUAAAUAUCAAGCAUAAGCGACCAAUAUCGAGAGAUCUCUCUUAAUGUCAUAACUUUGUAAUCAAUCCCAUUUCCACAAGCCAUUAUUCUCGUUGGCUCUUAAGAUUAAUGACUAUGUAUAUAUUUAUAUAUAUAUUAAUUGCAAUCAAUUCAUAUAUAUCUCUUUCUCUCUCUCUCUCUCUUCACUCUCUUUUCAAACAUUAUCAUCAUGAAUUUACUGCAACUUGCACUUCAUCUCAAAAGUUUCAUAAUUUCUUUCUUUCUUCUAUGGCGCGUACCUCACGUUCGAUAUUGUCAGGUCGGACUGUUUCUGAGUCUAAGAUUUUCUAUCUUAUCGCUCUUUUUCUCUCAUCAUCGUACUCGGAUAAAUUUACAACAGACUGGGAUAUAGAAUAAUGAACUUCUUUCUCUCUCUCGAUUACUACAAUCUCACAAGUCCUUUUCAUUACACAUGGUCGAACGGCGAAACGCGGGACGGCGAGGUCAAACUGACUACGUCCCGAUGCAAAUUGAAGAUACAUAGAUUAUUCCUCCGCAGUUUCAGCGGAGAACACUCGAUUUCGAUAUGUCGCGUUGUAUUUGUAAUUGUAUCGUUAAUAAUCUUGUGUUUGCGUUACGCCGUGUCGCGGAAUACGGAGGGUCUACCUAUACUCGACACGACUUUCCGCACCGAGUCGAAGACUUAUCAUACAAAAUAAUUGAAGAACGAUCCUGGAGACGUCGUCAUCGUGAACGGAAUCCGAGACCAGAGAGAAAAUAAUCAUACAAACGAUAGACCCUCAAUAUUGUCGUAUAAAAUAGCUAUAUGAAGUCUACCUAUCUCUUAGCUUCUUCUCUCCUCUUAUAAUAUUAUAAUGAAAGAAACGUAUCCGACCGAAAAGGCCCGUUCAGCGAGAUAGGAAGCCGAUGCCAGUCCCACGCGAAAAGCGAACAUCGAAUUUAUGGCACAAUAAAUUAUAACAGUUUUUCCGAUAAAUAACGGACCGCCGCUUUCUCUGUUCGCCCGGACUGACUAAAGUUUCGCUGAGAGACGGCGGGAUGUGUCGCGAUUGCCGGUAAAUUCCUACAGGGAAAACGUAAUGUACGAGACACGAUUGAAGAAAAGUCAUGCUGUCAAUUCGUUAAAUAUUUUUACGCACUUAGUCCAAUUACAUCAUUCCUAACAUAAGGCUUCAUACUGUUUUUCUUUGCUUCCGAGGAAGGUAGAAUAUGACUGGAGAACUUUGAAUAACAAAGCUUUGUUCGGAAAAAAGCGCAGUUUCAUUGAUAAAAUUGUUUAGACACUAUGCCCAUCUUCCACCUUCCUGUUACAUAAUAAAGAUUGAAGCGCGUGGGAGGAAAAAAGAAAGUACCGCGAGCCUCCCUUUCUCGACGGCCCUUCGACAAACUUUGUCCGCGAGGCAACGAUACUUAUGCAAUAUCCACUUUCUGUACACAAUGAUAAUUACCUAAUCUGACGAAACACAUCGCUCGCUUUAAAACAGCCGCUUCGGCGUAAACUAAUGCACGCGCAUAUCUCACACGCGUUUUUUUUUACAGUAUAAACUUGAAACGUGUAAUGUAGCUCGAACGAUCGACUUUCGUCGCAAAGAAACAGAUGCAUCAUAUGCCUGGAUUUAUUGUAAGGCUGGUCUUAUACUUGAUUCUGCUAAUUACGCAACGAACUGAUUUAUUUACAACAUGAUCGUUGUUCGCAUCCGUUGUCACCCCGUUGGCAAAAAUUUCAUCCCCCGCAGAGAAAAGGAGGCUGAGGGGGAUACUGCAAGAAUUGCGCUACGCAUUACAAUCGUUAACAGUCGCGAGAAACGUACGCAGAAUGAGAAAUCAUUAAUUCAACUCCGUUUGAGCCGCAUCGAAUAUUCUGUCGACACGUAUUUCAAUCGGUAAAAUAUAAAGAGCAAAUACACAUAAAAAAAAGAACAACAUUCUCCCCGAUUAAAAAAGGAAAUUGAUAUAAAAAAAAGAGGAUCUUUUUUACAAGGUUACAUACUGUUAUACAGAAAAUAAAAACAAGUUCAAAGUCAGCGAUUUGCGCACGAGACACAUCUAAAAAUUAAUGAUCCCUCACAUGUUCGCACGUUUUAUUAUAUUUUAAUAUAUUCUUUAAAAAGUUUCAAAUGCACUAGAUAAUAAUCGUUGAAUUUAGAAUCCCUAGCCUAGCGAAGGAUGCAGAAAGACCUGUGUCAAUCGCAAAUUACGCAUGUACGCACAUAUGAGAACACAAGCUGCACCGUUGCCAUCCUCCCUCACUCUCGCUUCGUUUGGUAAAAUAAAUUUAGAAAAAUCAACUUUCGCAUUAUACAUCCAUGAGAAUCGUACGUCCAUGCAGUCGCAACACAGCGGUUUACACAAUUACAAGGCGGUUACAUGACGAGAGUUAGUCCACAAAAUUAAAGGAUCUUAGGGGUGUAUUGACAACAAACCGUCUUAUAAGUAGAUACUGGUAAUCUUAUGACACAGUGAUUGAUGCUGACGAUCAACGAAAAAAAAAAAAAA